AUGGAUAAUGAGAACGCAAAGGAUAAAAUAUUUGAGAAGUUUACAUGGAGGAUUAGAAACUUCUCUACAUUAGACUCCAAGCCACUGUACUCCGAGGAAUUUUUCCUCGAUAACCAUACAUGGAGCAUUCUUAUCUAUCCAAAAGGGAACAAGGUGGCCUAUUUGUCAAUUUAUUUAGAUGCUGGGGAUCCUGAUGAUUUGCCUCAUGGGAGGAGAAAAUAUGCAAAUUUCAAGUUGGCUUUGGUUAAUCAGGUCCAUGACAAAUAUAAUGACAUAGAAGAAACUAGCCACGUGUUCAGUGCAAGUGAGACUAAUUGGGGUUUCACAACAUUCACACCUUUAAAUAAACUUUGUGACCCUAGCCUUGGGUUUAUUGUGAACGAUACUUGUAUAAUUCAAGUUCAGAUUUUGGCUAACAAAUCAAAACAUGAGAACCAAGUUGAUCAAUCAGUCAAUAAGAUUGAUUAUAAGAUUGUUGAACGCAUGGAUAAUCCUUUACCCAAGGAAAUGAUCUCAACUUCAUUUGGCGGGCUAGUAGAUUUCAGGGGUCUAGGGAAACUAGAAGAAGAUUUCGUACCACUACUUGAAGAAGUUUGUUCACGAUAUCCCUCACUUAUUGAUAGUAUGCAGAAGAGAAGUCAAAGAUUUAUUGAAUGGGCAUUUACAGCUUUGGGUCGAGUUCUACAUUUUCUCAAGACUAAAAAUGUGAUGAGAGAUAUGGACGAAGAUGCUUAUAAUCAUCUUCAAAUUUUAUGGGAGGAACUCGAAACCUGUGUAUGA